UGUCUGCCCUAUCCCUGAAUGCAUUCAAAUGGUACCAAGAACUGGUCCAUGGAAGGCUCCAUACCGCGGAGUUAAACCGGAAUUCGAGCCAGGAACUCCUCGAGUUGUGAAAGUCAACGCAAAAGGAAAAGUGAUCCUAGACGAGUAA